CUAAUUAACGAACUCCACUACUCUGAAAGACCAAACUACCCUCUACCCUCUACCCACAAACUCCCUUCUCUGACUUGUCUGCAACUGGCAACUGCCAUCUGCAACUCACCAGAAAAAAAACCCUAGAAUUCUAGGGUUGAAUUCUGCUCCAAUUGUCCUUUAUUUCAUGAAUUGGAAAGUUUUCAACCAUGGCUAACAACAAUGAAGAGCCAAGCUCUGCUCCAGCGUCUGAUCGCUGGUACAACAUUACUCUUGGCUCCUCCUUCAGAGACCACCACUACAAUGGUCAAUCUCCCAAGUUCUGCACUUUACGUUAUGAAUUUAAACCAGCUUCUAUUGAUCGUAACCAACCUGGCUUACUCCACAAGAGCAAGGAUAACAGGGUUACGGUAGAAUUUCAAAACAAUCAGCAGGGAAAACCUAAGGUGAUUUUUGAGGGCGUUGGUGAAGAUUACAGGGAUAAGGACAACGAUGCAGUUUUAUUUUUUGAUGGUGAGACAUUUCGAUUGGAGCGGUUGCACCGAGCUGUGAAGCGAUUGAGGCAUGUUCGUAUACCUGGUGAGCCUUCAGCUGCAGCCGCAUCAACCAUGACUACUUUGGUCACACCUGUGGUGGAAUCUCACUCUACUGCAGUUGGUAAAGGAUCAAAACUACAGCCUUUGAGCUCAGGCAUAGUCCAUGAAACGGUUCAGGUGGAACAGAUUGACACUGGAAACUCAACAAACUUAGCAACUAAAUUUUCCCCCCACUCAGAUGCAGAACCUCAAAGUGAGAAGGAUGUGGAGUGUUCAUCUCUUCCUAAUCCAUCAACAUCAUCACCAUUUGCUGAGAAUUUUGAAGCCGAGGAACAUGUAGAAAUAGUUGAUGACAAUGAUGACGGUUUUGAAGCAGGAAAUAAAGGGAAUGUUUCUGAAAAGGAAUUCUGCACUGGUCUUGAUAUUGAUAUCAACUUACCGCAUCAAGUUGACGUGGAUGAAGAAAUUGCUGAUGUAGAUGUUAGUGAUGACGAUGCGGAUAAGGGCCCUAAUGCUGCUGAAGCUCUUAGAGCUCAGGUAAAUGCCGAAUGCCGAAAGAAACAAACCUCAAGCUCAAGCAGCAGCAGUGAGACUGAGAGUAGUGGGACAGAAAGUGGUAGUGGGAGUGGGAGUGGAAGUGGGAGUGUGAGUACUAGCACUGAUAGUGAAAGUAGUGAUGGUGACUCAGUCAACUCCAUCUGAGAUAUCUUGGCCAUGCAAGCCUUUCAGCAAAUUACUAUGUUGGUGUAGCUUUGAUAUAUGUAUUGAUAGUUGUAGAAAGAUAAGAGUUUUAAGUUCUUUAUGUAUUUACUAAUCUAGGAUGGUUCUUAGGAUUCUAUAUUAAACUGAUCAAUUGUUGAUGUACUUGUAAAAUUAUGGUGGUAGGAAUAAAAAUUAAAGCACGUAGAUUGUAGAGCCUGAUUUUGUAGCAUAGAUGGAUGGUUCAUAUUGAACUGAUGAGGUUGCCCUCAUUAUCAAUAACCAACUU